AUGCUGCGCGCGUCUACUCUGCAAAAGGCAGGCGCUUUCGCAAAACAUGGACUCGCCGUAGCCACACGACCUGAAUCUGGUCUGCUUCUUUCCCGACUUUCUGCUCUUUCUCUCACGCGACCGACUCGCUCCUACGCAACCACUCCCAAACAUAUUCGAAGACGACANAAGGCUGCACUCGAAGCUGAGCGUCCGCCUGCUUUCCUGCGUCAUGUCGAGCUCCUUCGAAAUGCUCUCGAUACGAAUAAUAUACAACAAGUAGCCUCUGCCUAUAAUGUCCUUCGCAACAAAAUCCCUCUCGGCAACAAAGAUGUCGCAGACAUAGCAAGAGCUCUACACACCUCUCUCAGGCUGCUUCCACGACCUGUCCGACAGACUCGCAUUCCUGCUGAACUCAGCAAUCUCGCCGACCUCCUAGUCCUCGAUGUUCAAGCCAAGGUCCUGCCUCCGAGUUACGAUGCGCACCUGCAUUUGUUGAGUUUUUACAAAGAGUCGGCUGCUUUCGACAAGGGAACUGCCUUCUGGUCUUGGUUGGUAAAGCAAGACGACGACUAUGUCAAUGCAAGUUUAUACGGUGUCGCUCUUGAGCUCUUUGCUUUCCAGGGCCGUCCUGCCGAAGAGACCGAACAACUCUAUGAGAGCGCUCUUGCCCGCUUUCCUGGCACNUUUUUCCAAUACCAUCUUGCACACAACGCAGUCAUCGCUGAUCGCACUCAGCCUACCCUCAUAUCAGGCAUCCCUAAAGCUCUUCUACAAGGCAUCUUGACCGCCCGCAUCUUGCGUGGCGAUGCCAAAAACGCUUACCUCACUCUCGACACCACCUUGAGACUUUUCCCUUACAGAAUUCCUUCUCGAUUUGUUACUCUCUUUGUCCAAGAACGUCCUCUUGACGAAGCUUACAAGAUCUUCAUGCUCGCCUGUCAAGCUGGUUCUGUCUCUGGUCAGGAUACUCUGAAAAUUCUCCUGACAAGGCUGAGAAAGGCUGCUGCUACAAGCCCCAUCGAGAAUGCUGCCCUACUGCGUGCAAUGCUCAUGGCUUGCUACGCGCAUAACAGCUCUGGUNNGGCCCCCCUGAACAACAGGUCUCUCAACGAGCUUGUCAUAGCCAUCACUGUCCUUUUGAAGGAUCAUGCCUACACUAAGAUGUCUGCCGAUCAAUUGCGGCCCAUAACCGAUGCCAUUGUUGCUUUGAUCAGCGACCUCUUUGACGUUUGGAUUGCUUCAAAUUCACCUCCAGGUAUAGCCUCAUUCAACUCGAUGAUUGCCAAUCUCGCGGGUCGAGGUAAGCGUAAAGACAUUAUCGAUCAUACUCUCGAAGCAAUGGAGCACUAUAGUCUUAAGCCAAAUACGGUAACCUUCCGUUCCAUCCUGGGAGCCGCCGGCGAGAUGCAAGACCCUGAAGCAAUUCGUUCAGCUUGGACCAAUCUUGUAGCCAACCGCAUCGAGCAAGGUGCUGCUUUGGAACUCGUAGACUGGCAAAACUUGUUGAAUGCUGCUAGGCGCAUCAAUGAUCCGGACUACCUGCAACAACAGCUAGUCAACUUCCAACACAUCGCCUCUCCUCACAUCCUGGACCGAAUGAGUACUGCGCUCCAGGCUCAAGGCUUUUCCAGAAAACUCAACCCAGACAAGAAUGACAACUCAAAUGAUCUGAAGACAAAAGCAGAGUCGAUGAAAAUCCUCGAACUUCUCAGGCGAGAUGUGGAGUACUUGUCCAACAAUGCAGUUUCCCACCGUAAUUUCUACACCGAGCCAGUCUCCGUUUCUUUGUUGAACCGUUCGAGUUUGUAUGCGAAUGUGCCGGAAGAAUAUAUUCGCACAGUUUACGAUGAAAUGACAACAGACUCGUCAACGAGUCUCAACAUCUUCCCUCCAUCGGCUUCUGAUUCGAGAACAGAUACUGAGGCAGAAGCAGACGCAGAUGCAGGAGAACAGACACCACAUAUGGGACCAACAGGAUAUCCUCUUGAUGAACUUCGAUACCAAAACUGGAAGACGAUCAACGAACUACUGUUUGCUGCGGAAUUGCAUGACAAGGAGUACAUGGACGCUGUUGACGAUGCCAUCAAGCGUGGUACGCCACCUCCUAGCCGCGACACAGAACUGAAGAAUGUGCCAAAACUCGACGACUUUGCAGGCUUGUGCGACUUAGAGACCGUAAAAAGCGAUGACAAGCAAAGCAUCAUCGCAGACGAUGAGAAAGUUGUAACACUUGAUGAGUUCCGCGACAGAGUCUUCGAACUUCGCGGUCGCAAGGCUUGA